AUGUGUAGAUUUUCAUAUAAAUUUAUUCGAUCAUUACGUAAUAUGCAUAUAAAAUUACCUUUAUCAUUGAAAGGUAUGACUAAAUUAGAUCGAGAACAAUUUACACAAAUAAUUACAGUUCCAUAUGUGAAUAUUCCAGUUGAAUGUAUUCAAACAUCAAAAUGGAAAAAUUCUUUACUUACAUUCAUUUAUAAAUAUAUUAUUAAAACAAAAGAAGAUAUCGUAAAAAUUGUACCAUCAAUAGAAAAAUAUGUUGAAAAAUCAUUUGAUUUUACUUCAAUAACAUUAACAUAUGGAAAUUAUUCAAUUGAUCAAGUUAUUAAAGCUAUUUUACCAGAUGAUUUAGGAAAAGAUAAACCGAUUAAUACAGGUUCAGGUUAUAGUCUUGUUGGACAUAUUGCACAUUUCAAUUUGAAAGAUGCAGUUUUACCAUAUAAGCAUAUUAUUGCUCAAGUUGUUCUUGAUAAAUUACCAAAUGUGAAAACUGUCGUCAAUAAAUUACAUGAAAUUGAUUCUGUUUAUCGUAAUUUUGAAUUGGAAAUUCUUGCUGGUGAACCAAAUACAAUUGUUAAAUGUCGUGAAAGUAAAGCAAUAUUUCAAUUUGAUUUUGCUAAAGUUUAUUGGAAUCCUCGAUUAAGUACUGAACGUGAACGUAUUGUGAAUAUUCUUCAUCAUAAUGAUCUUGUUUUUGAUGUAUUUGCUGGUGUUGGACCAUUUGU